GACCUCAAAUACACAGAGAUCUGUUUAUCUCUGCCUUUGGAGUACUGGGAUUAAGUGUGCACUGUCAUGCACAGAAAUCCUUACCACUUUGACAGAAGAACAAAGAAGCAGAUCUGAAAGGAUCUGGAGAAGGGGGUGUCUGGAGGCACCAUGUCAGGCAGGAAAGGUGGCAAAAAGAAGCCCCUGAAACAGCCCAAGAAGCAGGCCAAGGAAAUGGACGAGGAAGAUACGGCUUCCAAGCGGAAACAAAAAGAGGAGCAGAAGAAACUGGGGGAGCUAAAAGCCAAGGCCAUGGGGAAGGGACCCCUGGCCACAGGUGGAAUUAAGAAAUCUGGCAAAAAGUGAGCUGAUCCUCAUAUCUGAGAUGAUGGUGACCCUCUUCCAUUCCUAUUUAAACAUCUGGAUUCCCUGCCAUAACAUCUUUGCCAUCUACGGCUAGAAUGAAGUGUUAUCCUGGAGCCUGUUAAGCAUCUGGAUU